UACAGCUUCAAGUGAAGUUAAUCUGAGGUGAAGCAAACAGAAAAUUGUGGAGGUUUUGUUGGAAUGAAUCUGAAGUCUGCUGCAGUAAAACACUGAAGGCUUUAAAAUGUUUUCUUGCAUAAAACUCAAACUUUAAGUAGCUGCUUAUGAGAAUAGGGAAGACAGGAAGCUAAUGUCUGUCUCAAGAUACAGGACAGCUGUUUGUUCAUCAACCUCAACUGUGUGUGCAACAGAGGAACAUGGCUCAAGAAACUAAUCACAGUCAAGUGCCCAUGCUUUGUUCCACUGGUUGCGGAUUUUAUGGAAACCCUCGUACAAAUGGCAUGUGUUCAGUAUGCUAUAAAGAACAUCUUCAAAGACACUAUAGUAGUAAUGGUAGAAUAAGCCCACCUGCAACUUCUCUCAGUAGUCUGUCUGAAUCUUUACCAGUUCAGUGCACUGAUGGCAGUGUCCCAGAAGCUCAGUCAGCAUUAGACUCCACAUCUUCAUCUAUGCAGCCAAGCCCUGUAUCAAAUCAGUCACUUUUAUCAGACUCUGUAGCAUCUUCCCAAGUGGACAGUACAUCUGUGGACAAAGCAGUACCGAAAACAGAAGAUCUGCAAGCUUCAGUAUCAGACACAGCACAGCAGCCAUCUGAAGAGCAAAGCAAAUCUCUUGAAAAACCAAAACAAAAAAAGAAUCGCUGUUUCAUGUGCAGGAAGAAAGUGAGACUUACCGGGUUUGAAUGCCGGUGUGGAAAUGUUUACUGUGGUGUGCACCGUUACUCAGAUGUACACAAUUGCUCUUACAAUUACAAAGCUGAUGCUGCUGAGAAAAUCAGAAAAGAAAAUCCAGGAGUUGUUGGUGAAGAGAUCCAGAAGAUUUGAACUCCUGCUGGAAUACAAAAUCCUUUGACCAUCUGCAAACUAAAAAUUGACUUGAGGGUUUUUUUUCCUAGUCAUUGGGAAUGUAGAGCAAUGUAUCUUGCAUAGACCUUUUAAUCAUGCAUGUCAUCAGAAGAAUAGAUUUUUGUUUUUGUUUUGAAAAUGACUCUGAACAUUUACUUCCAUUGCAGUUUCUGUGGCCGAAGAGACUUAAACUUUACAAGUAUUAUCCUUUUAAGAUCAUUUUAAUUUUAGUUGAGUGCAGAGGGCUUUUAUAACAAACGUGGAGAAAUUUUGGAGGGCUGUGAUUUUUUCCAGUAUUAAACAUGCAUGCAUUAAUCUUGCAGUUUAUUUUCUCAUUGUGUAUGUACAUAUAGCUUUUCUCUGCAGCACGAUUUCUCUUUUGAUAAUGCCUUAUUGGGCACAACUAGUUAUCAGUAACUGAAUGUAUCUUAAUCAAUAUGGCUGCUUCUGU